ACUUUUGCCACCAUUUUCAUAGUCAUCAUCUUCAUCAAGAAAGGAAAUUGAAAUUUCACCAUAACGAACCAGUUUUGUUGGCUGUGUACUGAUGUUAUUUCUUUGGUGCAAAUCGUUAAAGCAGACAAAUAUAAAUAUUUGUGAUUUUACCAAGAAUUGAGCGAAAUAUUUUUGUUUACUUUUUGUUUUGGAAAUUUCGUGUUAAUUAAGUUUGGGUGUGUUGGUAGUGUAUUGAGCUCAUAAUGAAUGUAGUAGGAAUUUUGGUGUUGUUGUUCUAAUAGUGAACGAGUGCUCGUUUUUGCAAGUGUACCAAAAAUAAAAAGAAGUAACAACUACGUCAAAUUUACCGAUGUGAUGUGGAUGCUGUAAUCAACAAAAAUAAAUGAAUGAAAAAUUAAAGAUGAAUCAAAACAAACGCAAAUGUAUUGAAAAAUAGCAACCAUUUCGAUAUUUAUACUAGUCAAGUGUUUAAUAAAAGCUUUUUUUUCUUAAUACAUAUUUUUGUAUUCCCCCUGUUCUUCCUGCGUAUUUAGUGGUUUGGUAAAACGAAACGCUGCUAAAAGUGUCUUAAAGUCGGUGGAAAAAGUGAAAAAACAAGUCAUAAAAUAAACUGCAAAAGCUAUCAACACAUUGAAACACACACACACGCAGCCAAAUACACGCCAACCCAGCAAGAAUCUCUAUCAUGUUAAAGAUUUCUAAAUAAAAUGUGCCAAAUAAAGUAUUUUCUUGGCACUAUUCUUGGAAUAAUGGCACAGCAUUAGAUUGCUGAGAUAAAAAACAAGCCUUUCUGCUAUACACAUCAAUGGAAUGCUCUCAACAAGACCACCCUGGGUAGAGAAGUUCUAGAGCUGGCUGGCUGACUUAAUAGAGGGUGCUGCUGUGACAAACUAGUGAUAAAAAAAAUCAAGCGGAUGAACAAGAGCAAUAACAACUACAACGACAGCAGCAACAGCAACAACAACAACAACAACAAAUAAACUGAAAGCAAUAACAAAUAAAUAAACAAAAGCCUUAUAGCAACACACUGCGUUACUUACUGUAAGCAACAACAGUAACAACUAAAAUUACAUACAAUCAUCAUUUCAACAACAACAACAACGACAACGAAAUCAAAUAAACAAAGCCAACCGUUGGGAGUUAAAAUCUCAUCACAGACAGAGUCGUCGUUUCGGCAGCUGGAACAGCAGCAAUCAUAUAGCAGAGUGGCUUCAUUAAAAACUAACUGCCUGGUCAGACUGAUUCAUCAUCGUCAGCAACGGCACACAUUCAUCAGCAACAACAAAAAGUGCUAAAUAAUAGUAGCAUUAUAUUCGAACAUCCAGCCACCCAAGGGAGCUCUGUUCGUAGUGUAGUAGUCGUCAGCACAAUUCAAUUAAUAACAACAAAUUCCGCUAUUACAACAAAGAGAAUCGAUAUCGCACACAAAAAUUCAGUUGUUGUGUAUUGAAACUAAUUUCGUAGCGAUUUCUUCGAAUUUGCCCAGAUCUCAACGUCUUCUCUGAUAGGGAGAAACUCAAAUAUGUAUCAAUUGCAUUCAUAAACAACAAUCAAGUGUGGUGGCGGGUUUUUGAAUUUCCCUGUUUUUUUUGUUAACACAUCAAGUCCCAAGUAAAAGUGGUUUUUCAUUCAUAAUUCUUUAUUUUGGAAAGUUUUCAUUGAGAGAUUGUCAUUUUCUUUGUGUCACACAACACAACACCGUUAAUCGUUCGUUACACUGUCGCACAAAUAUGGCGCAUACACGAAUUUUACUAUUUUACAGCAGCUGUCUUAUAGUGCUGGCUUAUGCUCGCACAGAGCUGCUGUAUGACCAGGAUCAGAGAAGAGAUUUGAAUUUGUGCAAGACAAAAGUAACAUAUCCCGUUGAAGUUGUGACCACGGAAUUACAAAAUUAUCAAGUACGCAGUUCCAGUUGGUGUUUUAAUGUGCCACCGCGAUGUUCCACAUACAAACUUCAAACCCGAGUAGUAAACAAAACAUCGGUUUUAAUGAAAGAGCGAUUUGAAACACAAUGUUGUGAGGGCUAUAAACGCAGUCCAUUGGAUGACAGCUGCAUACCCGAGUGCAAAGAUAAAUGUGUGCAUGGCGUUUGUAUUGCACCCAACAAGUGCAAGUGUGAACAUGGCUAUGGAGGACCCUCCUGUGAUAUAAAUUGUCCCACUGGCUAUUGGGGACGUGAUUGCAAGAAACAAUGUGAUUGCUACAACAAUGCCACCUGUGAGCCCUAUACGGGUGCCUGCCAAUGUGACAAAGGAUAUACGGGUGAUAAGUGCAAGGAUACAUGCCCGCAGGGUUACUACGGUGCCGAAUGCAUGGAGGAGUGCCGUUGCGAGAAUAAUGGCAAAUGUCAUCAUGUAUCGGGCGAAUGCAUAUGUGCGCCAGGAUAUACAGGACCAUUAUGCGAGGAUCAAUGCCCUGAUGGCAAGCAUGGAGUGGAAUGCAAACAGGAUUGUCGUUGCCAAAACGAUGGUAAAUGUGAUCCCCAAAAUGGUGAGUGUCUGUGUCCUCCCGGCUGGACGGGAGAUGUGUGUGCCAAUAAAUGCCCCACCGGCACCUAUGGACCGCAUUGUGAAAAGCCCUGCGAAUGCUUUAAGGGAGCCCCUUGUCAUCAUAUCACCGGAAAGUGUGAAUGCCCGCCGGGCUACAUGGGAGAGCGGUGCUUCGAUGAGUGCCCCAGCAAUACCUAUGGCCUGAAUUGCACCCAAGAAUGUCAAUGUCUAAAUGAUGCCACCUGUGACAAGGCCACCGGUGUUUGUAAUUGUCGUCCUGGCUGGACCGGUGAGGAUUGUGGCAGCCGCAUUUGCCCUGCCAAUGAGUAUGGGGUCAACUGCACCAAGUCUUGUGAGUGUGAAAUGCAAUACACCGAACUGUGCCAUCCCGAAACUGGGAAAUGCCAUUGCGAAGUUGGCUGGAGCGGAGCCCUGUGCAAUCGUCCUUGUGCCUUCCUCAAGUAUGGGCCCAACUGCGAACUUAGCUGCAAUUGCAAGAACAAUGCCAAAUGCAAUCCCAUGAAUGGCACCUGCAUUUGUGCCCCCGGCUUUAGGGGUGAAACUUGUGAGGAGAUCUGCGAGGAGGGCCAUUAUGGCCAGGAUUGUGCUCACACUUGUGAUUGUCAGAAUGGUGCCAAAUGUGCCGCUGAAACGGGUCAGUGCUUCUGCACGCCCGGCUGGAAGAAUAUCAAAUGUGAUCGCCCCUGUGAUUUGAAUCAUUAUGGCCAAGACUGUCUCAGCCUUUGUGAUUGUAAGAACAACGCCGCCUGUAAUCCCACCAAUGGAGGCUGUACUUGUGCUGCUGGCUACACAGGUGCCAAAUGUGAGCACAAAUGCGAUUUCGGCACAUUCGGUCAGGAUUGUGCCCAACAAUGUGAAUGUGAUUUCAACAAUACCAUCGCCUGUGAGAGUUCCGAUGGCAAGUGUAUAUGCAAGCAGGGCUGGGGAGGCGUUCAUUGUGAGACAAAUUGUAAGCCUGGUUAUUACGGUGAAAAUUGUGAUCAAGUUUGCAGAUGUAAAAACAAUUCAUCCUGUGAUCCCAUGUCCGGACGUUGCAUCUGCUCGGCCGGCUGGACCGGUGAGGACUGUUCACAGCCCUGUGAGCAUGGCUUCUUUGGCAAUGGCUGCAAGGAGAAGUGCCCCUCCAUUGUGCAUGGCAACAAGAGCUGUGAUCAUAUUACCGGAGAGAUACGUUGCCGCGAUGGUUAUAUUGGCAUGACCUGUGAACAUCCUUGUCCCACGGGCUACUAUGGGCCUGGUUGCACACAGAAAUGUAAUUGUCAUCAUGGCGGUGAGUGUAAUCACAUAACGGGCAUAUGCCAAUGUAUGCCUGGCUGGACGGGUCUGAGUUGCAACAUGACAUGUCCCGAGGGUUAUUAUGGUCAGAACUGUUCCCAAGAGUGUCAUUGUCAAAAUGACAAUGGUUGCCGUAAGAACGAUGGCUUGUGUCUUUGCAAGCCCGGAUGGAUGGGAACCAGAUGUGAUGAAGUGUGUCCCGAGGGUUUCUAUGGCGAACAUUGCAUGCGUUCCUGCCAAUGUGCUUCACCCAAUUUUGUAUGCCAAGCCACUGAUGGCUGUGUAUGUCGCAAGGGCUUUACGGGGGAGAAUUGUGAUUUGACCAAGGCUGAACAACAUAUCCAAGAGGCUGAGCGUGACACUGGUCGUGCCGGCUUAGCAUGGGGUCUGUCGCUGGCCAUACUCUUUGUGGCUGUCAUCGUUGCUGUCAUUUUCUAUUACAGACGUCGUGUGUCCAAUCUGAAAACGGAAAUAGCCCAUGUCCAAUAUAUAAGCGAUCCCACAGCUGGAUGGCCAGAACGCCAUAACUUUGAUAAUCCUGUGUAUGGCAUGCAGGCGAAUAACUCCGAGACUCGUCUCUUGAAUAAUUUGAGGCCAAAAAUUAAUAAUCUCAAUUUGGGCGGUGAUAUGUAUGCAGAUAAUUCCAAUGCCAGCGAUAGAUCUGGCAGCUAUUCCAUUAACUAUAACCAUGAUAUGUUUGCCAAAAAUUUCAAUGCCGACUUAACCAAUCCCACAGUUUACAAUUCUUUGGAGGGCUUAAAGGAGGAGCAUGUAUACGAUGAAAUCAAACAGAAAGAGGGCUACAAAGAUCCUGUUAAGAAUUAUAAGAAGGAAUUAUUUCCUGAUGAUGAAUAUGAUCACUUGGACUACUCGAGGCCAAGUACCUCACAAAAGCCCCAUUAUCAUCGCAUGAACGACAACAUGUUGAAUAUAAAUCGUGAUGAGGAGAAGCCCAGCAAUCUCAAGUCCAUGGAGGUGCUCUUGAAGAAGUGUCUGCCUCCAGCCGAUGCUGGCGAUGAUACCGAAAACGAAGACAACAACGCCAUCUGUAAUACCAGUACAGCGGGCGAUGAGGACAAUGCUUCGACAGCAACACCUUCAACAGGCUCCGAACAGAUCAAAUAAGUCAAUUCAAUUAAGGAAGCGCGAGGAGAACAAUUUGCUCAAGUUAUUAUUGUAGACGACAAAAAAACGUAUUUCUGUAGCGAUUGAGUGUCAUAAUUUCAGAGAAAUAAUAAGGACAAUAUUUUUAGGUAUUCAUACAAAGUAAAGCUAAGCAAAGAAUAUUAACUCUCCACUCAAUCAUGUA